UCACCCCGCUUUAUUUAGGGGAGUCGCAAGGUGCUGUUACCGUAGUUCUUGGGGCUUGUCACUGUCGUUGCGACGUGUUGCCCGUGCUCGGGCGCCCGCCGACCUUGGCUUCCGGCCCCGCGAGCUCUAUCCCGACCGCACAGCACGCCCGGCAGGACUGGCCGCCGUGGCCAGGCUCUGAUGUUGGUCUCUUGUAGAAGAAGGCUGCUCACAGCUCUGCUGCAGGCUCAGAGGUUGCCCUUUCAACCCUCUAGAGAUAUGAGACUGGUGCAGUUUGAGGCACCCCACCUGCUGGGGCCUCACCUGGGCCUGGAGUCAGGGAAUGGUGGGGGCAUCAUUAACCUCAACGCCUUUGACCCCACACUGCCCAAGACGAUGAUGGAGUUCCUGGAGCAGGGAGAGGCCACUCUGUCAGUGGCGAGAAGAGCCCUGACUGUCCAAUUGCCAGUCCUACCACGGUCAGAGGUGACCUUCCUGGCCCCAGUCACACGACCAGAUAAGGUGGUGUGUGUGGGCAUGAAUUAUGUCGACCACUGCAAAGAGCAGAACGUGCCAGUGCCCAAGGAGCCCAUCAUCUUCAGCAAGUUUGCCAGCUCCAUCGUGGGGCCCUACGAUGAGGUUGUCCUACCCCCCGAGAGCCAGGAGGUGGACUGGGAGGUGGAGCUGGCCCUAGUCAUUGGAAAGAAAGGCAAGCACAUCAAGACCACAGAUGCCAUGGCUCAUGUGGCUGGCUUUACUGUGGCUCAUGACGUGAGUGCUCGUGACUGGCAAAUGAGACGCAACGGAAAGCAGUGGCUGCUGGGAAAAACCUUUGACACUUUCUGCCCCUUGGGCCCUGCCUUGGUGACCAAGGAUAGUAUAGCAGAUCCACACAACUUAAAGAUCUGCUGCCGUGUGAACGGGGAGGUAGUACAGAGCAGCAAUACCAACCAGAUGGUGUUUAAAACAGAAGAGCUGGUAGCCUGGGUGUCCCAGUUUGUCACGCUUUACCCAGGGGAUGUCAUCCUGACUGGGACCCCUCCAGGUGUCGGUGUAUUCAGGAAACCUCCCGUCUUUCUCAAGAAGGGUGAUGAAGUCCAGUGUGAAAUUGAAGAACUAGGUGUCAUCAUCAACAAGGUGGUGUGAUGGCUCCUACCACAUGCCCUGGACUAAAGACAAGAGGAGGGGCAUCCACUCUUGCCCAACCCAGGAGGAGGCCAGGUGCCAGCCUCCUCUUCCAGGUAGCAGGAAAGGAGGUGGAGCUCUUCUCAAUAAACGUCUCAGGCCAAAGCAGCA